UGACUUAGACUGGGCAGUGUUCGAGCCAGAUUUCCUGGUUACCAGCUCUGUGGACACCUACAUCUACAUUUGGGAUAUCAAAGACACAAGGAAACCUACUGUGGCACUAUCUGCUGUAGCGGGUGCCUCCCAGGUCAAAUGGAAUAAAAAAAAUGCUAACUGCCUUGCCACCAGCCAUGAUGGUGAUGUACGGAUAUGGGAUAAGCGGAAACCCAGUACAGCAGUGGAAUAUCUAGCAGCCCAUCUCUCCAAAAUCCAUGGCCUGGACUGGCACCCAGACAGUGAGCACAUUCUUGCUACCUCCAGUCAAGACAACUCUGUCAAGUUCUGGGAUUACCGCCAGCCUCGGAAAUACCUCAAUAUUCUCCCUUGCCAGGUGCCUGUUUGGAAGGCCAGAUACACGCCUUUCAGCAACGGAUUAGUGACUGUGAUGGUUCCCCAGCUGCGGAGGGAAAAUAGCCUUCUCCUGUGGAACGUCUUUGACUUGAACACCCCUGUGCAUACCUUUGUGGGGCACGAUGAUGUGGUGCUGGAGUUCCAGUGGAGGAAACAGAAAGAAGGAUCCAAGGACUACCAACUGGUUACAUGGUCCCGGGAUCAGACCUUGAGAAUGUGGCGGGUGGAUUCUCAGAUGCAGAGGCUUUGCGCAAAUGACAUAUUAGAUAGUGUUGAUGAGUUCAUCGAGAGCAUUUCUCUUCUGCCGGAACCAGAGAAGACCCUGCACACUCAAGAUACAGAUCACCAGCACAACUCAAGCCAUGGUGAGGAAGAAGCCUUAAAGGAAGAUCCCCCCAGCAAUCUCUUGGAAGAGAGGAAAUCAGAUCAAUUGGGACUGCCUCAGACUCUGCAGCAGGAGUUCUCCCUGAUCAAUGUGCAAAUCCGGAAUGUCAAUGUGGAGAUGGAUGCAGCGGACAGGAGCUGCACAGUGUCUGUGCACUGUAGCAACCAUCGCGUCAAGAUGCUGGUGAAGUUCCCUGCACAGUACCCAAACAAUGCUGCGCCUUCCUUCCAGUUUAUUAACCCCACAACCAUCACAUCCACCAUGAAAGCUAAGCUGCUUAAGAUCCUGAAGGACACUUCCCUGCAAAAAGUGAAACGCAACCAGAGCUGUUUGGAGCCCUGCCUGCGCCAGCUCGUCUCUUGCCUCGAGUCUUUUGUGAACCAAGAAGACAGCGCUUCCAGCAACCCGUUUGCACUCCCAAACUCUGUCACACCACCCUUACCAACAUUUGCACGGGUGACCACUGCCUAUGGGUCAUACCAGGAUGCCAAUAUUCCCUUUCCUAGAACUUCUGGGGCGAGGUUCUGUGGUGCAGGUUAUCUGGUAUAUUUCACAAGACCCAUGACGAUGCAUCGAGCAGUGUCUCCAACAGAACCUACUCCGAGAUCUCUCUCGGCCUUGUCUGCUUAUCAUACUGGCUUGAUUGCGCCGAUGAAGAUCCGCACAGAGGCCCCUGGGAACCUUCGUUUAUACAGUGGGAGCCCCACUCGCAGUGAGAAAGAGCAGGUCUCCGUCAGCUCCUUCUACUACAAGGAGCGGAUGUCUCCUCGCUCUGCCCGGCGACGUUGGUCCAUACAAGCAAUUAACGACUUCCCGAAAUCAAGGCGGUGGAAAAGUAAGCGUGAGGGAUCAGACUCUGGCAAUCGACAGAUCAAGGCUGCUGGGAAAGUCAUCAUCCAGGAUGUUGCAUGCCUCCUUCCUGUUCACAAAGCACUGGGAGAACUGUACAUGCACAGUGAUAUUUCAAGUUUGGUUUGGUCGCUGGCUACAGUAGCUACAGAUCUUUGCCUUGGUCCGAAGUCUGACCCAGAUUUGGAAACACCCUGGGCUCGACAUCCGUUUGGGCGACAGCUGCUGGAAUCCCUGUUGGCUCAUUAUUGCCGACUCCGGGAUGUUCAGACAUUGGCCAUGCUCUGCAGUGUGUUCGAAGCCCAGUCUCGGCCUCAGGGAAUACCAAACCCCUUUGGGCCUUUCCCUAACCGUUCUUCUAAUCUUGUGGUGUCCCAUAGUCGAUAUCCCAGCUUUACUUCCUCGGGUUCCUGCUCCAGUAUGUCAGACCCAGGGCUCACCACUGGUGGCUGGAACAUAGCAGGAAGAGAGGCAGAACACAUAUCUUCACCUUGGGGAGAGUCUUCACCAGAAGAACUCCGCUUUGGGAGUCUGACCUACAGUGAUCCUCGUGAGCGAGAACGUGACCAGCAUGAUAAAAAUAAAAGGCUUCUGGAUCCCGCUAAUACCCAGCAAUUUGAUGACUUUAAGAAAUGCUAUGGAGAAAUCCUCUAUCGCUGGGGUCUGAGAGAGAAACGAGCUGAAGUGCUGAAGUUUGUUUCCUGUCCUCCUGAUCCUCACAAAGGGAUCGAGUUCGGCGUGUACUGCAGCCACUGCCGGAGUGAGGUCCAGGGCACGCAGUGUGCCAUCUGCAAAGGCUUCACAUUCCAGUGUGCCAUCUGCCACGUAGCCGUGCGUGGAUCAUCCAAUUUCUGCCUGACCUGUGGGCAUGGUGGCCAUACCAGCCACAUGAUGGAGUGGUUUCGGACCCAGGAGGUGUGUCCCACUGGAUGUGGGUGCCACUGUCUACUCGAAAGCACUUUCUGAACUUACAGACCUUGGGAGUUGUCGAAAAUCCCAGAGGAACCCGUAAAUACCAGGGACAAGGUCUUUGCCAGGAGAGAGGCUCCAGAACCCAGGUUUAUCUCUGAUGAGAUGGGAGUCUGUUCCCCUCAAAGACUGCUAGUAACAUCAGUUCUUUGUGAGCUUCUACCUUCUCUUCUGCUGUUCUGGCAUGGACGUCGCUGUGAGGAGGCGAGGGCAGACGUGUGGAGCCCUGCUCAGCCAUGCUUUGUGUUGUCUGGUCUGCUGAGCAGCUGCGGUGGAAGUUCUCAUUGAGAAAAGCACCUGCUCCAGAGCCGUGUUAACCUGUACAGUGCUCCCCUUCAACCACCGAAUAGUGUUUUCCUGAUGCCAAAACAGAGACCAAAGUCAGAUGCAAGAGACAGUCUUCUGAGUCAAAGGACAGUGGAUAUAACUGAAGUGACGAGGGCCUGUGCUGUCUGUGGCUUUAGGAGUUGGCACAUUUAAUGAGCUGAUGGACAGUGGCCUUGUAAAAUAUGAUACUAAAACUAUAAAUAUAUGAUGUACUUAAGGUUUCUCCAGCUGCUGUCCCUUGGCUAAUAAAAUUUUAGUGAUUGUUUUUUUUUUUUAAAAGACAAAGUUGAACAGCA